AUGCCUCCUCAGCUUCAGUCCCAGAACCAGAACGGUCCCAGGAUCCUGCAGGGCGAUAUCAGCGCCCUCAGUCCGGCCGUCAAGGAGUUUGUGGAUGCCAAUGUGAUCCUUUGUCAGCCCGACUCCCUCCACAUCUGCGAUGGCUCCGACGAGGAGAACCGAGCCAUCCUGACCCAGCUGGAGGAGCAAGGGAUGAUCAAGAAGCUCAAAAAAUAUGAGAACUGCUGGUUGGCCAGGACCGACCCGAGGGACGUGGCUCGAGUGGAGAGUAAGACUGUGAUUGUGACCCGGGACCAGAAGGACACUGUCCCCACACCACUGGAAGGUGGAGUCAGCCAGCUGGGCCGCUGGAUGUCCCCGGAAGAGUUCGACAAAGCAAUGGCUCAGCGGUUCCCCGGCUGCAUGAAAGGUCGUACCAUGUAUGUGAUUCCCUUCAGCAUGGGUCCAGUAGGUUCCCCACUCUCUAAGAUUGGAGUGGAGCUGACAGACUCUCCCUACGUGGUGGCCAGUAUGAGGGUGAUGACCCGUAUGGGGAAGGCCGUGCUGUCUGCUCUGGGCACAGGCGAGUUCGUCCGCUGUCUACACUCAGUCGGCUGUCCUCUGCCCCUCAAAAAGCCCUUGGUGAACAACUGGCCCUGUAACCCCGAGCAGACGUUAAUCGCCCACAUCCCAGACCGCAGGCAGAUCGUCUCUUUCGGAAGUGGUUAUGGAGGAAACUCCCUGCUGGGGAAGAAGUGCUUUGCUCUGCGCAUUGCGUCGCGUAUUGCCAAGGAGGAAGGAUGGCUGGCAGAGCACAUGCUGAUCCUGGGUGUCACCAACCCUGCUGGUGAGAAGAAGUACAUGGCAGCAGCCUUCCCCAGCGCCUGCGGGAAGACAAAUCUGGCCAUGCUCUGCCCCACGAUGCCCGGCUGGAAGGUUGAAUGUGUGGGAGACGACAUCGCCUGGAUGAAGUUUGACAACCAAGGCAAUCUACGUGCCAUCAACCCAGAGAACGGCUUUUUUGGAGUCGCACCUGGCACCUCGGCCAAAACCAACCCCAACGCCAUGGAAACCAUCGUCAAGAACACCGUUUUCACCAAUGUUGCAGAGACCAGUGAUGGCGGCGUGUACUGGGAGGGAAUGGACCAGUCACUGCCCGAGGGAGUCACCAUCACUUCCUGGAAGAACAAGCCCUGGAGCAAAGAAGAUGGCGAACCCUGUGCUCACCCCAACUCUCGUUUCUGCACUCCGGCCGGUCAGUGUCCCAUCAUCGACCCACUGUGGGAAUCCCCGGAGGGAGUCCCCAUUGAAGCCAUCAUCUUUGGAGGGCGCAGGCCAGAAGGAGUCCCUCUGGUAUACGAGGCUUUUAGCUGGCAACACGGAGUGUUUGUUGGAGCAGCUAUGAGGUCAGAGGCCACCGCUGCAGCUGAACACAAAGGCAAGAUGAUCAUGCACGACCCCUUCGCCAUGCGUCCCUUCUUCGGCUACAACUUUGGACAGUACCUCUCUCACUGGCUAAGCAUGGCCGACCGCCCCGGCGCCAAGCUCCCCAAGAUCUUUCACGUCAACUGGUUCCGCAAGAGCCCCACUGCUGGAUUCCUCUGGCCUGGUUUCGGUGACAACAUCCGCGUGCUGGACUGGAUGUUCAGGCGGGUGAAUGGCGAGGCCGGCGCCAUGCCUUCUGCCGUGGGCUACCUUCCCUGCUCCGAGUCCCUGAACCUCCAGGGCCUGCAGGGCGACGUGGACCUCAAUGAGCUCUUCUCCCUGGACCAGGAGUUCUGGCAGAGGGAGGUGGAGGAUGUGAGGAAGUACUUCACCACGCAGGUGAACGACGACCUGCCCAACGAGGUGGCCCGGCAGCUGGAGCUCCUGCAGCAGAGAGUGAAUCAGAUGUAAAGAGGAGGAAAAGGAAAAGAGCAGCGUGUUAGCUAAUCUGAAAGAUGUUGUUGGUAAUUCUAGAAAAGCUUCUCUGUAAUUCCAGAACUGAAUUUUAGUCAUUCUAGAACAACAUCAGAAAUUCUAGAACUGAAUUUUAGUAAUUCUGUAACAGAAUGUUGGACAUUCUAGAUUUUGUGAGUAAUUCUAGAACAUCUUGUCACUGUUGUACUGAGGAACUUCCACUCUCUGAGGUGGGACAACUUUAUGAAAGAGGAAUAAUUGUCCUCUGAUCUGAUUUUUCUGCUAUUCGGUUAUGAUUCUGCUUGUUUGUUCGUUAGCUAGAAGUCUUCCUUUUUUCAGAUUAUUGUCCUGAAAAUGCUUCGGUUAAUAUUCGGCUAAAAUGAAUUACAUGAACUUGUACGAAUGGUAGCUUUAACCAACAUUCCUCAUCAUACACCGGCACAUUGUACGUCUGAAUUUUCCUAUUUAAUAAUAACUUAUUAUGAACACACAUCAUAUCGUCAUUGCCAUAUAGAUUUGUGUGGCACAGAAAGAGUAAAUGAGUCCAGGUUAGCUCAGCUCCAGUAUUGUUUGACCCCCUGAACAUGGGGGAAAUGUAUGUUUUCUGUUCCUAUUGUUAUUUUUUGCCUUAAUUUAUUUUUGUACACUGGUAUCUCUUGGUUAUUCUUUGUUGGAAUCUUGAGCCCCACGAGGGGAGACACAACAAUAAAGUUAUUUAAACUUA